AAUAUGGGGCCAAUGUAUACGGAAUACCGAGUUGCAUCCCAUCCCGUACUGUGUAAUCCGUAUCGGUCCAGGGUAGGCGUUGCCUUUGACACAAGAUGCGAUGCGACAUGACUCGGACCAGGUUCCUCAAGCCCCCUUCAUGUUCCGUUCCGGGCUCUGACCAAGAGAGGAGCUACUGCAGUCUGCAGUGCCUGGGCCCGUCUCGUGUGAUGAUUCGCAGCGGAGCAGCAGGUGAGCUAGAAAAAAAUGGUCCCCUGAAUGGUAAUGACCCCCUCAUUGUCGGACCGACCGGCCAAAGAAAAAUCGUGCAGCGCAGAAUAUGGCUAGAGGGCCACUUUCUGCUGCAGUCUACAAACACUAGUGCCGUUAUGGUCAACCGCCGUUGGGAUUGCAGCGAGGGGUGGAUUCGCCGGGCAGAGUCUGAUGAAUGCGACUGCGGUAUAUUUCUGCUUCCCACGUUUGAGCUUCAUGGAACGUCAUGGAUGGAGAACCCCGCCGCUACCUACGCGGGUUGCAGAUGGCGCGCGGGGUCUGCUUGCUGUGUUCCUGCCCAACUCAACGAUUCUAUCCAGGAUUCCAGAUCCUGCUGGGACGAGAAGACGAAAAGUAGCGCCAGCCGCCGAAGAAUCUCGAACGCGGCAGCGGAGCGAACGGAGCGCCUCCCAACUCAUUGGCUCUGGGAACUCGGCCAUUCGGCGACGACGGCUGCGGCAGGCACCGUCCCUUCCAGUUAUAUGUACUUGUACAUAUUCCGGUAACGUAAUAGGUAAAUAACAGGCCGGAGCAUUUGUAUCAUGAUAUGUGCCUGCAAGGAAGUAUCGACGCAGUCGAUGAUGUUCUGUCUGGGGCACUGGAACUGCUGAUGCCUCCGGUACUGCCGGAUGACGACGCCGCGUAGGCAGGAGUUGUUGGAGUUGUUUGCCGU